AGAGAGAGAGAGAGAGAGAGAGAGAGAGAGAGAGAGAGAGAGAGAUGAAAAUACAAUUAAGUAAUGUUAUGUUGUGCACAAGUUAACAAUUAUGCUAAUUUUCUUUCUCCUCCUUUUCCUCCUCCUAAUCCUCCUCCUGCACCACCUCCUCAUCCUUCUCCUCCCGAAGACAUGGGGGGGCGGGGGGCGGCUCCUGGCAUGGGGGGGCGGGCGGCGAGGAACCUUCUGGAAACUCAUGAGAUAGAAGAAGAGGAGAAGAGGGAGAGGAGACCAGUGGAGGAUAGAGUGUGGGAGAAUAUUGCCUCCGUCUCCUCCAAUCAUCUCCGCCCCUACGCCCGCGCCAUCCACACCCAUCCAGCUCUCCUCCCACACCUCACCACCUCACUCGUGCUGCCUUCAGCUCUGAUUGAAGAAGAAAAACAAGGAAACCAGGGAGGAGUAGGAGGAGGAGGAGGAGGAGAAGGAGGAAGAGGCGUGGAGGAAGCGUAUCUGACCACGGGAGGGGACUAUGGGCGGUUUCCUGCAGGGUGGGCGAGGCUGGGGAGGCCGCCCACCACCCACACCCUCAACACUUCCUUCACACACAGACUGGCCAAGGCAGGCAUGUACAGAAACCACUCCGUUAACAUGUGACCGCUGGGGCUGGUGGUGGUGGUGGUGGUGGUGGUGGUAUUGUUAUUAUUGUUGAUUUUGUUGUUGUCAUAGCGGUGGUGUUACUACUACUUUUGAUGCUGCUGCUGCUGCUGCUACUACUACUAAUAUGACUUAAAUAAAGGCGAACGCUAUGCAUUGACAAAAGGA